AUGGUCGCCCGUAGAACUUUGCGAUGGUUGAAGUCUUUUGAGACCAGCCUGCCGUUUUGCAAAUACUUUCAACCUAUAGUCCAGCCCUAUGUACCGCAGUCGUGGACGAAUGUCGGAUUGAAUGAGUUUCCCAUCGCUAAGGCUGAGCAUUUUGCUCAUUCCAGUCUCUUGGUAUACAACCCACCGUACUUGACCGCAGGACACGCCCGUGAGUGUCCCUAUAAACUGUGCAAGUUCCCUUAUACUGCAUAUAUCUCGUUUUUGAAACAAGGAUCACAAACUUUGAAUACUUUCAACGCAGAUAGUACAAUGGCUCUUGAAGCAUCAUUUCUAGUUAGUUACAGAUUUGCAAGAUCUGGAAAAGCUCAUACAGUGGCAGAAAAUUUGAUCGGACCUUGUGCUAAAGACAUCGCAAAGUAUGCUUAG